GUUUUGUGUGUGAGUGUUUUAUUCAAUUUGUACGUGCGAUAAGAGUUGUAAAAUCUAUAUACAUAUAUAAAAUAUAUAUAUUUACAAAUAUCUGUGGGUGAUAAGCAAGAGUUGUUCUACUUACGAGAAUGUCUUCUGGCAAGAUUCUACCAAGACGUCAGGCAGUGCCUGUCUUGUAUACGAGAGGCACUCACUACGAGGUCGGCUUCGAUAUGGGCCGCACAUUUGGUUCGAUGAUUAAGAACUUUCUGAUAUUAUCGAAUCCAUUGAAUGAAACUUAUUUACCCCUCUAUCAGUCACCCAAAGGCAGGCAAAUCUAUAAUGAAACUCUGGAAUCGGUUAAAGAAAGCUUUCCACAAUAUAUACGCGAAUUGGAGGGUGUGGCCGAUGGGGCUGAGGUUGAAUUUCAUAAGCUGUUCCUCUUGCACUUGGAUGAGAUUCUACCGCAGGCCCUGAAGCAUCAGCCAAGGAAUAAGAAUCAACCUACAGGCUGUUCCACCAUCAUAGUCAAUCAGAAGGAUUGUCGUGUUUUGGGACAUACCGAGGAUGCCUUGACAGAGACAUUGAAUCAUUAUUAUUUUGUGGUCGCUCACAUUAUCAGUGAUAAGCCACAGGGUAAGUAUAAUGUGAAGGAGGAGCAUUUCAUGUCCCUGUGCUAUGCUGGACAUUUGCCUGGCUAUACAAUGAAUCAGAAUGCUCAUGGUUUGGUGUUCAGCAUCAAUACCAUUAGCGCGGAGCUAUUGAGGGCUGGCAAGACACCACGUCAUUUCCUUACCCGGGCAUUGUUGGCUACCAGCAAUGUGGACGAUGCAUUUAGGGUACUCAAGGAUGCAGGCGUGGGUGCAGCAGACGCUUGCUCUAUUAACUUUACCUUUUUGUUGGAUCCUCGUCAGAUGUGCUAUAAUGUGGAAAUGGCUCCAUCACCGGAACGCAAAGAUGAAUCUCACUUGAGCAUAAGGGAAAUACCUUUGGGCGAGCACAAUUAUCAUACAAAUCAAUUUGAUCGCAUUCGUCAGGAUCAGGCCAAUGAGCUAAUGAUUGAUUCAAGCAUUUCAAGAAUGCGAACAUUUGGCGGCUAUAGACCGCCCACAAACGAAGAGGAUGUGCGUCAUAUGCUGGGCGAUGUAUCCGGAGGACACUACUGCGUCUGGCGCGACAAUGGACGCUGUGAUGAGCCCGUCAAGACUAUUGCGGUGGGAAUCUUUGAUUUGAAAUCAAAAACGGUUUCGCUCUAUUCAGAUAAUCCGAGUCUCACACAAGCGCAUUGCACAUUGCCCUUCAUUUUGAAUAAAUAAAUCAUUUUCUUCUUAUCCCAUAAAUGGCAAUAAAAUAAUCAAUCUUUGA